AUGAAUGAAGAUAAUUUACUUGCAAUAAAUUUAUUGGAAAAUAACAGUACCAGCAAUGAUGAUGAUAUAGAUAGCAGUACUAGUUCAUCAAAUUCUAGUUUAUCAGAUGAUAGUAUAGAGUAUAAUCCAUUUUUGGAAAACGAUAUUUAUGAAGAAGAUUUGCUGUUUCCUCUUCUUCAACUUUUAAAUAAUGGUCGUAGGCGACAACAUGUUGAAGAUUUUCUUCAUGUAGUACAUGCAAAAAGUAAUGAAGAAUUUAGAGAGGAUUUUAGAUUAACUCGUCCAAUUGUGUAUCAGUUAGUAGAAUCUUUAGAAAUAAGUGGAUUUAUACCAUUACAUGGAUUUGGGAAAGAAAACAAAUCUGCAGAGUUGUGUUUAUUGAUGUCUCUUUGGUUCCUCAAUAAUAAAGAACCACAUCGAACACUAUCCAAUCUUUUUGACAUAUCAAUAUCAUCUGUAUUUCGCAUUAUACGUCGAGUUAUUAAUUGGCUAGUUACCUUAGUGCCUGAAGUUAUUGUAUGGCCUGAAGGAAAUAAUAUAACUAAAGUAUCUCGCAAAUUUGAAGAAAUAGCAGAUAUCCGUAACUGUGUUGGAGCCAUAGAUGGCUCUCAUAUUUUUAUUAAUAAACCUGAAGAAAAUG